GUUUGUGCAGUUGGAGCAAACCCAGAAAUUAAAAUGGUCCUUUGCUACAAUCAGUGCCCAUGGAAACAUCAUGACCCGUGUAUAGCUGUACUGAUAGAUGAAUAGGUUCCAAGACUGGGUGAAAAAGUUACAGACCAUCAUUCCUCACUGUGCCAUACUAGCACAUGGAUUUCAAGACUGCCAGUGAGGAGAAAAAGACUGGGGUUUUUUUGCUGCAGGAUGGUAAUCAGGAACCUUUCAACGUUCGACUGCACUUAGCUAAAGACAUUCUGACUAUUCAGGAACAGGAUGUUAUAUGUGUGUCAGGAGAACCUUUCUAUUCCAGUGAAAGAACAGUGACAAUUAGAAGACAAACAAUUGGAGGAUUUGGUCUAAGUAUCAAGGGUGGAGCUGAACACAAUAUUCCAGUAGUCAUAUCCAAAAUAUCCAAAGAACAAAAAGCUGAACUUUCAGGACUGCUGUUCAUUGGAGAUGGAAUCCUUCAAAUAAAUGGAAUAAAUGUGAGAACCUACAGACAUGAAGAACUGGUACAAGUCUUGAGGAAUGCAGGAGAGGAAGUAACCCUUACUGUUUCAUUUCUGAAAAAAACACCGGCUUUCCUUAAACUGCCUCUCAGUGAAGAUUGUGCAUGUGUUCCCAGUGACCAAAGCAGUGGAACAUCUUCACCUCUCUGUGACAGUGGGUUGCAUCUUAACUACCACCCCAACAAUACAGAUACACUAUCUUGCUCCUCAUGGCCUACGUCACCAGGCUUGAGGUGGGAGAAGAGAUGGGUUGAUUUGCGAUUAAUCCCCCUGCUUCAUUCACGCCUGUCACAGUAUAUACCAGGCUCAGACCUUUGCAGGCAAAAUGCAUUUCAGGUAAUUGCGGUGGAUGGGGUAUGCAGUGGAAUAAUUCAGUGCCUGACUGCAGAGGACUGCUUUGACUGGCUACAAGCAAUAUCAACUCAUAUUUCCAGUCUCACAAAGCACAAUAUAAAGAAGAUCAACAGAAACUUUCCAGUAAACCAACAGAUAAUCUACAUGGGCUGGGUAGAUGAGCGUGAACAAGACUCUCUCCAGGACAGAAUGUACACACCAAAGUUCCUUGCCUUGAGGGGUUCCUCUCUAUUCAAAUUUACAGCACCUCCAGUAACAACAUGGGACUGGACCAAAGCUGAAAAGACCUUCACUAUGUAUGAAAUUAUGUGCAAAAUUUUAAAGGACAGUGACCUUGUGGACCAGCGGAAACACUGCUUCAGCGUUCAGACUGAAAGCGGGGAGGACAUGUUCUUCAGUGUGGAGUUGGAGAGUGAAUUAUCUAUCUGGGAAAAAGCCUUCCAGAUAGCAACCUUUCUUGAAGUUGAAAGGAUACAGUGCAAAACAUAUGCUUGUAUAAUGGAAAGUCACCUUAUGGGGCUCACAAUAGAUUUCAGCAUGGGAUUUGUGUGCUUUGAUGCAGCAUCAAAGGCUGUGCUUUGGAGAUACAAGUUUUCCCAACUUAAAGGUUCUUCGGAUGAUGGAAAGAGCAAGAUAAAGUUUCUGUUUCAAAAUCCGGAAACUAAACACAUCGAAGCCAAGGAACUGGAAUUCUCAAAUCUCUUUGCAGUGCUGCACUGUAUCCAUUCAUUCUUUGCUGCCAAGGUUGCUUGCCUGGACCCUCUCUAUGUGGGCAGUCAGGGUGCUGCUGCUGCUGUCGCCAAUACUGCUUGUGCUGCUGCUACAGGGAAAAUAAAGUAUACCUGACAGCCCCUGCACGGUGCAGUCUCUUUCCAGCAGUGUAUUGCUGCUUCACAGUACAUAAAUAUUCAUCAUAUGUAGCCUAGAGGGAACUGAGAUCGCAGUAGCCAAUUCAGGAACAUCUCAGCAGGGGACAAAGUGAUCAUCAGAUUUCUGCAAGAAAAUCCAGGCUGAAACUGAAGAUUGGAUGCAUAUACUUACCUUUAGUGUGAUUUAUGAGCGCUAGUUUUUUUUUUUGUUUAGUUUUUUUUUUUUAAAUACUGUAUACAACAAAAGGCCAUUCAAAAAGUGUCACAGUCAACACAGCACAUACAGUUCUAUGACUCAUUUUAAACAACUGGACAUAGAUCAAAUUUUCUGACUCACACCAUCACUGUUAUGUUGUAGGCUCCACAGUUUAUAAUGGGAUCAAGCAUGUGUCUUACAACCUCAAGCAUCUGGAGAAUUACAGUGUGUUAGAUAUAAAGUAUAAAGGAGGACCAAGAUAUGCUUUGUUGUCUGUUAGUUUAUACACCACACAGAAAAUGCUAAAUAGCAAUAGAAGGCUAUAAUUUCUUUGAUGUAAGUGCAGACUUGACUGCUCUAGAUAUCACUUUAAUUGCAUCUCUGGAGGCAGGGGAAUGUGCGCUAGGGUAUAUUUUGAGGUUCUCUUUUUUUUUUUCUUGAUUUUUGUAUGUUCUUUAUUUAAAAAAGAUCCAGACAAUUUAGAGCCACCUUUUUAAUUUGCCAAUGUAAACAGAUCACAGAUCUUAAGUUCUUAAAACUUAAGAAUUAAGAAUUGAGGGCAAUCCAAUUUGGAUUUUUGUUAAUCGUUGUGUAUUGUAUAUGUACAGGGCCUAAACAUUUGACAUGAGGUGUAAUCAGAGGAAAAUAAAAUAAUAUAUUAUAAUAUAUCAUUUCAUUAAUUCAUUAGUUUCAGUAUCUUUUACAAAAAUAAGUCAUGCAAAAAAUGUACAGAGACAUGCCGAAGACAAGGGCCAGUUAACAGGUCUGCAGAGUCAAAAGAGUUCAAGAUAUUAUUGUCACAAACCAUUUUCCAGUGGUUUGUUCAGUUCACAGGGGUUGGUGUUAUAAUUGUAAGGUUUUACAAUAGUGACAUGAAUACAUUAUUUUACAGAUAUUAAAUA